CUCUGCAAGCGAACAAAAGUAAAUAAAAAGAAGAACCUGUGGACGAUGCGCUGGAUCCCGAUCAAGAAUGAUUCUUUAGGAUGAGAACUUUAUCCCACGUGGGCGGACUCAGAUGGGAAUAGGAGGGCAUGCUGACACUGAGACAAGCUGCGCUACAUUAAGAUUUUCUGUUGAAGACCGGAGGAAGGUAGGUUCAUGUUGUGUGAAUGGGACAGGAGAGCCGGUGCCAAAUGUAUGGUUCAGAGAUGAAUAACGGGCCUUCAGCAAUGGCACCACCAUCUCUUGGCCAGAGCAGCAGCCCACCAUUGUCCUCUCGGUCGCCUAAGAAGACCACCUUUCAGUCUUUGGGAUCUAUAUCAUCAGGGAUGUUCUCCCCUUCAUUGGCCAAACGCUCCGCUCAUGAAGCCAAGUGCACCUCAAACCAGGUGAACUCACCCACUCAUUCCAUCAUGAGCUCACCCAAACUUUGGCAAAAAACAUCCGUCUCCAGACUUGCUGAGGAGUUUUUCUGGAUUGGCGGCAGUGUGGUUGCACAACCCAAAUGGAGGCUGGGUCAAAUAGUGGAGAGGUGCAUGUGCACCAUGCAGACUGGCACUCAGAUGACCAAACUGAAGGGGAAAAAGAAAGGGCUGGUCCGAUUUUUCUACCUGGAUGAGCACAAGACCUGCAUCCGGUGGCGGCCUUCCAAAAAGCACGACAAGGCCAAAAUAUCCAUUGAUUCCAUUCAUGAGGUCUGCGAGGGGAAGAAAUCAGAGAUCUUCAGGCGCUAUGCAGAAAACCGUUUCGACCCAAACUGUUGUUUCAGUAUUUACUACGGGGAUCGAGUCAAGUCCCUGGACCUGGUCUCCAAUAAUGCAGAGGAUGUGCGCACCUGGAUCAACGGGCUAAAGUACCUCAUGGCUGGCAUCAGUGAUGAAGACAGUUUGGCCCGCAGACAACGCACCCGGGAUCAAUGGUUGCAGCAGACUUUCUCUGAGGCUGACAAAAAUGGAGAUGGUACCUUGAGCAUUGGGGAGGUUCACCAGCUGCUCCACAAGCUGAAUGUUAAUUUACCCAAGCAGAAAGUCAGGGACAUGUUUCAAGAAGCAGACACAGAUGAGAUCCAGGGCUCUCUGGGCUUCGACGAAUUUUGCUCCUUUUACAAGAUGAUUUCCACACGCAGAGACCUCUACCUGAUCAUGAUCUCCUACAGCAAUCAAAAAGAAGUCCUGGAUAUACACGACCUUGCACGUUUUCUGGAAAACGAACAGAAGAUGCGUGGUCUGACCAGAGAGCAUCUAGUCGACAUUGUGGCUAAGUUUGAGCCCUGUCCUGAGAACCUACAGCAUAUGGUGUUGGGUAUUGACGGUUUCACCAACUACAUGCGAAGUCCUGCAGGCGACAUCUUUAACCCUGAGCACAAUCAGGUGAACCAGGACAUGACGCAGCCUCUCACUAAUUACUUUAUUGCCACAUCACACAACACCUACCUGACUGGAGACCAGCUGCUCUCUCAGUCAAGGGUGGAAAUGUAUGCCUAUGUUCUGCAGGCAGGCUGUCGCUGUGUGGAGGUGGACUGUUGGGAUGGACCAGAUGGUGAACCCAUUAUUCAUCAUGGCUACACUUUGACAUCCAAAAUUCUCUUCAAAGACGUUGUUGAAACAAUUAACAAAUAUGCCUUCACUAAGUCACCGUACCCUGUCAUCCUGUCCAUAGAGAACCACUGCACUGUGCCCCAGCAGAAGAAGAUGGCUGAGUAUCUGAAAGAGGUGCUACAAGAAAAAUUGGAUCUGACUAAUGUCAGUGGGCAUGAAUGCAAGAAGCUGCCUUCACCUGAGAUCCUGAAAGGGAAAAUUUUAGUCAAGGGAAAAAAGCUUCCAGCAAACCUUGACCCUGAUGCAGAGGAAGGAGACGUAUCCGAUGAAGACACUGGGAAUGAGGAAGAGGAUGAUAGUGAUGAUAGUGACAAUGAUUUACAGGAUGGCAACGGUGCAGAAUCAACUAAUCAACCCAAAAAGAAGAGACGGUUUGGCAGAUCAAUCAUAAGGAGCUUUAAAAGAAAGAGAAAAAAGAAAAUCCGUAUGAAGAACAAGACAUUGUCUGACGGUGAAUCAGACCACAGCAGCAGCCGAGAAAGAGCUCAGAUUGUUUACCAUCCCAAGAAAAGGAAAACCAUGAGACUCUCCAGAGCUCUCUCUGACCUAGUCAAGUACACAAAAUCUGUCCGUGUGCAUGAAAUAGAAACUCAAGGAUUUUUGAGCAGCUGGCAGGUAUCAUCUCUUAACGAGACUGUUGUGAACCAGAUAUUACAGCUAAAACCUGCCGAGCUGGUGCGUUUCAACCAGCGCCAGCUGCUGAGAGUCUAUCCUUCAAACUUCAGAGUGGACUCCAGCAACUUUAACCCGCAGCCAUAUUGGAACACAGGAUGCCAUAUGGUUGCAAUGAAUUACCAAACAGAAGGCCGAAUGCUUGAACUUAACAGAGCCAAGUUUUCAAGCAAUGGAAACUGCGGAUAUAUUCUGAAGCCUAAAUGCAUGUGUAAAGCUGCCUUUAACCCAAUGAUGGAGGAUCCCUUGCCAGGACACAAAAAAACUCAGCUAAUGCUAAAGAUCAUUAGUGGACAGCAACUUCCCAAACCCAAAGACUCCAUGUUUGGAGACAGAGGAGAGAUAAUUGAUCCCUUUGUUGAGGUUGAGAUCAUCGGUCUGCCUGUUGAUUGCUCCAAGCAGCAAACCAGAGUGGUUGAUGACAAUGGUUUCAAUCCAAUGUGGGAGGAAACCCUUGUUUUCAGCAUCCAAAUGCCUCAUAUCGCCCUGGUGAGGUUCCAGGUCUUUGAUCAUGAUCCUAUUGGACGUGAUUUCAUUGGACAGAGGACGGUGGCUUUCACUAGCAUGAUGCCAGGUUAUCGGCAUGUCUAUCUGGAGGGAAUGGCAGAGUCAUCCAUUUUUGUUCAUGUUGGUAUUAAUGACAUGACAGGAAAGAUCAAACCUGCUCAUGCUAUGCAUGCAGCUAGAAAACACAUCCAAAAAGCAGCUCAGAAGCACAUGAGGGCCAACCAAAGGCAUCCUUCUGUAGACGUCUCUGUCCUGUCCUCUGAAGAUGGACGUGCUCUGUUUUUCUACAAGGAUCUGGACACUAUGUCUCAGGAUAGCAGAAAUGGUGAACUGUCUCCGGUUGUAAAAGGCCCAGCAGCCAAAGCUGCCCUUCACAAAGGGAUCAUGAGUGAGCCUGUGAGACGAGCCUACAAAGUGAAGAUCCAUGAACCUCCAGAAACACACAGAGGCUUCUUCAGCCGGAUGUCCUCCACAGAGUCCCACAACAGCAGUGGGGCAGCUCCCUGUGUGAAAGAGGAAAGUUUUGACCUGGACACUCCUCCACAGCUUUCCUGUGAGAUUCCUGCUCCUGAUAGCCAACGACAAACUGAUCAAAAGGACUCUGAGAAUGAAUCGGGGCAGCAAAACUGCACUGAGCAAUAUUCAGUGAAGAGAUUUGAACCAGAGCACUCUGAGUUACCAGAGGAGCAGGAACCAGAAGAAGAGAGUGAGGUUUUUAUUGAACCUGAACACCCUCCAGAACCUCAGCAUGACUCUAUCCCCCAUUCUCAGACUCCACAGCCACAGGCUGAAGCUAAAAUCUCUAAACUUAUCCCUCCAUCAUCCCCCGCCAGGGUCAGACGCACCUUAGAAGCUCCUCCAUCCACUCUGCAAUCAACCCCGAUACGAACGAAAGCCCGGUCACACAGCUGCCCCCGAAAACAGACAUUUUCUCCUCAGACGCCAGCUGUGACCCGGAAGCCUGCUCUUCGCUGGCACAUGCAGCAAGAGCAGACAUAUGGCAGCCAGGUGAGACGUAUUCCCAACGGCCUCUGCCUGUCAGGCAGCUCAUCCAGCAACAGCGACGGCAGCAGCGACAGCCUGGGGUUUGUACCCAGGUGCCCGCCAGCUGGGUCAGAGCAGCAAGAGGGCACCCUGCAGAGGGAGAUGAAGGCCCUGUUCGACCAGCGGUUGAAAGAGAUUCGUUGUAAAUCACCUAUCUUUUUUGACGGUGAGUUCCAUUCACAACAAAAUAAGAAAACAAAAAGAAAUCGUAUUUACCUUCUUUUAGAAAUAAAGACCUGAAAAGUGGGGCCUGCAUUUUCAUUGAGCCCCCUUUACUCUGAUACUUGCAAUAAAAUUCUGUGUAACCAAUUUCACCUAAUUAGUAAAUGGAUUGCACCUAGAUGUAAUUUAAUCUCAGAAUAAAUCCAGCUGUUCUGUGUAGGGCUCAGAGGUUUGUUAGAGAACAUUAGUGAACAAACAGCAUCAUCAAGACCAAGGGAAGCAGCAGACAGGUCAGGGAGAAAGGUGUGGAGAUACUUAAAGCAGAGCUAGGUUAUAAAACAAUACCCCAAGCUUUGAAUUUUCCAAAAAUGGAAAGUGUAAUACAUGACUGCAAAACUACA